AUGAGCAUUGGUGAUAAAAGUUUAAAUGAGUUGGGCGACUUCUUAUUGAGCAAGUGCUCAGAUAACGUCAAGAUUGAUAAAGAAUAAAUCUUUAGUGCGCUGAAAGAAUUCAAAGAGUUUAACAAAGCAAAGGAAGUUGAUAACUUGAGCCAAAAUAAAAUAAAAGUGAAGAAUGUAGAGGUUAGCAGUGGCAUGAAAAAGGUUGCAAAUAGUGGGUUAAAUAGGUAGAAAAUCGAAAAGAUUUAAAAAGUACUCGAGCAAAAGAAUCAAAGGUAGCUGGAGUUGAUUAACGAGUACAGGUCAUUCAAGGAUUAACUGGAGAGGAACAAACUGCGUGGCGCUGAUAAUGAUGAUGAUGAAGAUGAUCAGGACGAGGACAGAUAACAUCAGGGCAAUGGGAGCUAGGAGGCGGCACGUAUACCCUGUCUCAAGUAAGAUUGCAAAAAGUCUUACGGUACGUUUAAGGCGAGAAAGCUGCACAUUAUCAACAAGCAUAAGAUGCUUGCUGUGAAACUUGACUAUAUCAAGUACAUUUGUGAAGUAUGUGAGGACUAUACUUCGAAUGACUUCGAUGCCUACAAGGAUCACGAGGAGGGCUGCGCGAUGGAGCAGUCUAAGGUACUAGGGCUUUAGGGCAUUCACUUCGAUAAUGAGCUCAAGCUGACUAAAGAGCAAAACUAAAUGCUUUAGCAAGCAAAAAAGUUCAACUGA